AAAGUUCUUUUCAGCUGGCGCCUCACAGACUAUUGGAGGGGAAAACGGAGAGCGAGAGAAAUAGAAUUACACCCAUCUGCCACCAUUAAAACAAAAUAACAUGGCGACAGCCACGCCGCCGCCCAUCAACAUCCGGCUGCCGUCCAAGUACGCGGGCGCGAGCGCCAGCAGCACCAAGAGCGGCCCCGCGGACACCUUCACGGCCCCGCCACUGGAAUGGCUCCACCGGACCUGGAGCGUGACGCACUCGACACUGUCCAUGUGGCGCUCGGCGCGCAACGUGCGCAUCACCUACACGCCGCUUGACGCGGUGCCGGCCAAGAAGAAGGACGACAGCAGCAGCAGCAGCAGCCGCAGCAGAUCCCGCAUCGAUGACCUGGUCGAGUACGAGUCGGCCGACGGCGGCGGCGGCGUCAAGAGCGUGGCGGGCAUCGACACGGCGGCGGCGGCGGCCGGCGACAGCGGCGCGUGGGACUGGCGCGGCCGCGGCUGGCUGUUCUUUGUGAGCAGCCACUGGGAGGUGUUGGCGUGGGGGGAGCGGCCGGUAGCAGGAGAGACGGCGACGGAGCGCUGGGUCGUGACGUGGUUUGCGCCCACGCUGUUCACCAAGGAGGGCCUCGACAUCUACUGCGACCGCGCCGAGGGCGCCAGCCAGCAGACCGUCGACGAGAUCCUCGCCGCCCUCAAGACGCUCGACGCGCCGCCGCUCGUCGACAUGUGCGCUAGGGACAUGCGGCCCGUGCAGAUCAGCCUACCAUGGAAGGAGAGGUGAAUUCAAGCCUGUAUUCUAUCUAGGUACCUCGGUCUAAACAAACCAAUUACCAAGAAUGUAUCACAAGGCCUC